CCCCUAGAUACCUCCUUGUGCUGGAGGAACGUGAGUGCCCCCUAGAUACCUCCUUGUGCUGGAGGGAGUUGUGUGUGAGCAGCUUGGGAGGAAUCUGUGUGUUUUUCCCGCUGAGCUGAAGUGCUGGAGCGAGCUCCAAGUGACCGGAUAAAGGAACAGAAAACCCCUUCUAAGAGACUGUGUUAAGUGAGAGUCUAACAGAGGAUUCUGGGACUUGUGAUGUCCAAGGCUGUUGCAUCAUGGCUUCAAGUUUGUACCUUGGCCUUGCACUCUCUUUUGCAUUGUUGGCAACAGUGGUACCCAGCGGGAUGUUGGUGGGUGCUCCAGUAACUACUAAUCCUAAUACUGAGGAAGUUAAGAAUGCUACCACCUUUGCCCUGGAAAAGUUUAAUCGGAUGUCAAAUGAUGUGCGGCUCUACAAACUAGUACAAAUGAUAUCAGUUGAAAGCCAGGUUGUUGCUGGAGUAAACUACUUUUUGAAAAUGAAAAUUGGUGUAACAUCUUGUCGGAAAAAUGCUGAACAUAACCUAGAGUCCUGUGAGCUGGAACAAGGCAAUGAUGCUGAGGCUCAGAUCUGCACAUUUAAAGUUUAUGUGGUGUCAUGGAGAAAUGAGAUGUCUCUUUCAGAGAGUAACUGUGAGGCAGCUUGAAUCCAAACUACUGCACAGACAACUUUGAAUUAAAUAUCACUUGCUACACGGAUUGUAUUCAUUAAACUGCACUGUAAUAACCUUUACUAUAUGCAUUAUACAAGGAUCAAUAGGUAGAAGAACUGAGAUGGAAACAUUCCAGUGCAGUGUUUGUAAGCCUUAUUUAAAAAGAGCAACUUAUUUGGAAAUCUCUGGGAUGGUUCUCUGUGAUUAAUGCGAAGCUAUCAGUGUGAAAAAGAAUGGUUCCAACUCAGUUUUUUCACUUAUUGCCCUGUCUUUAAUUUUUUUCCUGUUGUAUUUGUGGAAAUUUGCAGAGCCAUUUAAAUUAAAAUCUAGCUAACACGUCAA